GUGGUCGUCCGAGGGAAGAUCGCGAAUGCGCUCGUGGACUAUUUUGAUUUCCCAGUGCGUCUUCACGAGGUACAGUACGGUACCGCACACCGAGGGGCGUACACAUCCACGAUGCGCUUCGCGAGAAAGGGGCAACUUCGUUUCUAGUCAGUUGUGCUGGGGGUACUUCUGUGUAUUUAACGCUAUUUUUGGGAGGUGGGAAGAGGAAGAAUGAAAGAGGUCUCCCAACGGAUCGGUCGUAAACAUGAACGGUGCCCUGUACAUUUCGUUUUUCCAAGGUCAGCUGGAGUCCGCGCUGGAGCAGGUAGUGCAGCUCGCCGUUCAGGAAAUCACCAAGACAGUCGGGGCCACUCUGAAUUCAAUGCUGUUGGAAACGGCCACCAAAGAGCAGGAAAACCAGCGCUUAAGGGCGACCCUUCAGUCUCGUGGAGGCAACGGGAAAAGCAAUGCGUCUAAGGGGAAAACGGACGCGAACAAUGAAACAAAGCAACACACCCCCAGUCAAAACCCUGAAUGUGGCGCUCGGUCCGAAACGCUCAGGCGCGAGCAGAAAGCUCGAGCAGUCGGUCAGUUAAAAUCCGUUAUGGAGCACGUGCUGGAGUUCGCCGUCUGUGAGCUGUCUAAAAUCGUGGAAGACAGCUUUGACGACCUGCUCUCGGAGUUCACCAAGAAGGAGCGGGAAAACCAGAUAUUAAAAGAGCAGUUGCAGGACAAGAGCGCGGCGGAGGACGGUAGUGUGCUUGCUGUGGAAACGGAAGAGCGCCACUGUGAGUCUGUCUCUCCUAGCAGCUCCAAAGCGGAGAAGCAAGAGUCGAAAGGCGUGCAGGACCAAACGCACAAAAAAGAGAGGGAAAAGGAAAAAAAUGAAACCACAAAUGAACCAGAUAAGCAGACUGUCAUUGCAGUGGCUCAGGACUGGGUGCCCAUCCUGGACAAAGUCUUUGGGCAGAAGUGGUGCAGUGACCUCUGGCAGAUCAAAGAGGUCACCAGCAGUAAAGAGGAGCGCACCGGGCUGAGCUCGGGCUCGGUGACCGACAUGGACAGCUUAAUUCGAGAGACGCUCAUGCCGUCUUGCCUGGCCACUCAGAGGAAGCUGGAGCUCGAGGUGGGCCAGCCGCCCUGGUUGCCACUCGACGAUAUGGAGGUGGUUUCUCUCACCUCUGAGGCUCAAAGCGUUCCUGUUAUCAGCUCCUCAGGUGACGACUCUCAAAUCAGAUCCCCUUCUAUGUUGCAAAGACUCCUGACACUUCCUUCGCAGCUUCUCGAGGAUGACGAUGAGUCCAUGGAUGCCGUUCCCAGCGUGGAAGUGUCCACAGAACCGGGUGAUUCGCAGCCCGGUAAGGGCUCAAAGAGUGAGCAGAUGAAUAAGAAAAAGGAAGAGGAGGAUGACGAAGAGGAGGAUGACGAAGAUGACGACGAGUCGGCGGACAGGACGGAGUCCUUGAAACACAAAGGUAGGAGAAAAUCCCAUGCUUGCAAAGAGUGCGGCAGGAAGUUCAGUCGAGCACAUCUUCUCAGAGCCCACCGACAAACACACGAGGAGACGCCCAACAGAUGCCCACAAUGUGGAAAGAGUUUCUCCCAGCCUUCAAGGCUCCAGGCUCACUUACGGACACACACAGACAAAACAAUAUAAGAGUGUGUAGAUGAAAGAAACUCAAGAGGCUUUCCAGUAAUAAUUGCUUCUCGAAGCGAGUCAGACUUUCAAAUCCAUUUCAAGUACUGGUGAAGGAAAUGCAAGAAACGUGUAGCCUUUUUUUUCUUUUUGAAGGUACAGUGAGGUAAACGGAUUAGUCAUCAGACACAAUUUGAGAUGUCUUUACCUCCAUUACGUUUUCCUAAUUUUAAGGAUUAUUGGAAGCGUGUGUAGAUAUCAAAGUAGGAUAUGUACAGACCAUGAAAAUAAGGAUCGAAGAAUUUCAUUUUUCCAUUGGGUGUUUUUUCAUAACACAAGUUUUAAAACAUCCUAAGACUUUGUAAAUAUUUGAGACGUGUUACAGGAAGUCACUAGUUAAUAGGUCCCAUGCAGCAUGCUGGUCUUGUUUCUUUUUACAACCUUUUUGAAUGUGAUCAAACGAACCAGAGAGUGUAACACGUCUCCUGCGAUCAAAUGGACCGGUUUUUCAUAUGUCCUUACUGACUUAGUACUCAACAUGAAAUACCUCUUGUGUUUAGAUGUCAUACUGGAUUUUUAUAUGAUUAAAGUCUCGACUUUCACGUCAGAUUCUAGACGUUUUCUUCAACCUUUCGCCAUGGAUUGAGGAUGUCAGUUUUCGACUUGAACUUGCACAUCUGUCAUCGACUGCAUGACGUGCACAACCAAGGAUCUCUUCAAGGAGGAUGAGAUGAGAAGAAAAUUGCAUUGAAAUGGUUCCCGAAAAGAAACUUGAAGCUCCUAAAUCUUCAUAUUCUCAUUUCAGUGACUUUAAAAGAGGAUCUGACUUUACUAGUAUCCUCAACUAGAGUAGCGUCUUCCUGUACUGUUCGGCUGUGGCUCGAUUCUUGAACUGGAAGAUUUGUUUUUUCCAGCAACGGUGGCAUGUAUGUGUAUACAGAGUCUUCCUUAGGGAAGCCGUUAUCUACCAUUUCCAGAGAGGCAGACGGAUUCUGCACUUACAAUUUUUGCCCUAUAUCGAGGAGAUGUAGGUCCCACCUGUUACGCACAUUCCCACUCUCAGCCCUGAAGUUUUACAAUAUCUCUGUCGGUAAUGAGCAUGAUGGGAGAGGGGGAAGUACAAGGUGUUACUGUUACUGCUCGGAUCAAUACCUCAUCGAUGGGACCAUAUCUUUCGGGACUUCUGCAAUAUCAGGAGUUAAGGUCCUGCUCAAAAAAAUAAACAAAAAACGUUUACAAAUGAAACGGGACCGGCCAGUUGGCCUGCUUAUUAUUUGAUUGUGCAUUAAAAAUGUGGCUUAUUUUGCUUUCCGCUACUUAAUACGUCCCUGUAGGAAGGUACCAAGAACUUGCGACCCAAAGAUUACAAUGAAGGGAAAACACUUUCGACCAUACAUAUUCAUUUGGAUUGUAUUGCCUUUUUUUUUUUUUUUUCUUUUACAAUAUGGGCCAUUACAUUUUACAUUAUGAACCCUAAGCUUCUUUCAGAUGUAUUAAGUAUCGUAACUUCAUUUAUAGAAUAUAAUGAAGUACUUUAUCUGUUUAGUGCCUAGAUUUAAGCGUUUAAUAAGCUGAUAUUGUAGGUUUUGGUGAUAAUUGAGAGGUAAAUUCAUUGUUUAGCACCCUGCCUGUUAAAAAAAAAAGGGAAAAAAACAAACAAACCAGAACUACUAUUUUCUUGUGCUUCGUGCUUUCUCCUUAACAGUCAGCUCUAGAUAUUGUACUAGUUCUUUAAUUGUUACUUCCAGUCAGAUCUGACUUUAAUGUUAAAAUAAAUCGGUAUGUUUAAUCGAUUCAGACUGGUUCACGGAAAGAGUUAGUUCACCCAAAAAUAUCUUUCAGGUUUAGUCAUGCAGGUUUGAGGUUGAACUAAUAAAUAAAGACUCUUUAUAGUUCAUCCAAAAAUACAACUGUAACCAUGUGCUUUGAUAAAUAUCGGUAACCAAACAGUCGCUGGUAGUUAUUAACCUCCAUAGCGUGGAGAGCUAUUCUUUGCUUCAACAGAACAUGAGGGUGAAUAAAUGAGGACAGAAUUGUCAUUUUUGGGUGAAGACUCAAGCUAAUUGCAGCUUGUGGAUCCAAAAGACUAAAGAGGAACUGAUAUGAGUAAGAGUGACAAUGUUAUGGUAUGUUUCCAUUUGUUCUGGGUUACAAAAAGCAAUUUAAAUGAAUAUUGAAGGACUUGAAUUUUGCAUCCGACUUAAUGCAAUGAAAUGGCGCCAUAUACGCCCAUCCAUUUAGGACCACGAAUUAAAGAAUCUUAGCAUGUAAAAUCGCUUUGGGCCGCAGAUAUUUAUUCAGUACUGGCGAAUAUAUGAUGCAGUCUCUUGUAAAAAAACCGACUCUGUGGGGUAUGUUUGUUUGCAGUGACUUCCCUGGAAGUGCUUCAUGGUGACUCCAUUGACCGGCAUCAAUACCCUACGCCUGUUAUUUUAUUUAUUUUCAGUAACUCUUUUUUUUUUUUUUUUUUUUAACCAAAAUGAAUAGCGUCUUUCUGCCAAACUGUCUGACACGUGAGCUUUGCGAUGCAGUCCAGCAUUCGCCCAGAAUACUGCAUUCUUCUAAUGAACUACUUGAGCAUUUUGGUGUUUUGUUUUGUUUUAUGUUAUGCAUGAUAACUCCUUUUUAGUGGUUUUGUUCAUUUUCAAGAACCUGUAUUGUCAUGUAUUGAAAAAGAACACUUGUUGUUGUAACAGACCAAUUGGAUCGAAUCUUUUCCAUGGAUCAUGGUAAGCGGUUUACUGUUUUAUGGCAUAGUAGCUAUGUAUAUUUACCAUAUACAUAGUAAAUGGAUUAUAGAGUUCAGCAUUUGACCAAUAAAUGCAAAGUAUUACUUUUGUACCAUUUUCUUUUUACUCCAGUAUGAAUUUUGCACUGUUUUUCUGUUACUCCACACAUCCAUACCUCAGUUUUGUUGGUAGUCUGAAAGCAUUGCUCGGUUCAUUACCUCAGGACUCAUUCACAUUAAGCGUAUUUAUGGCAAAAGUAGAUAAACACGAGAGCUUUUACCUUUUAUUAAUGUUUUUUUUUUUUGGUGGACUAUCUCUAAAUUGGGAGAAAUAAACAAGUCGCAGGGUAGUUUAAUGAAAACAUUCUAUUUAAAUCAAUGUUGUUAUUUUACAAUAAAAGCCCGUUAUGAACCACAUAUAGAGAACAUCUAUACUAAAUUUGCACAAAAUUUGGUCUACGCUCGAAAAUCAUUAUUAUUAUUAUUAUAUUAUCAUGAUUGAGAAGUCAUCUUUUAGGAAUUCCUGUUGUUGUAACCAGCAUUUAAUUUCUACUUCUUUUCCAAAAAGUUUUACCUAUCACUGAAAUGUCUUUUUAAUGUGACUGGAAGUAGUUGUACAUUUUGAAUUAUGGCAAUAUAUUAAAAAGGUGAAAUAUUGCAUCAA